AUGCAUCGUCCCGUCAACGGGCCAAUUGUUACCAUUCGCCAACUUCGUGGCGACCUCAACGGCCCGCGCGAGCCGUAUUUCCGCCACAAAGUCACGUCCACCGGCGGCGACGACGAAGACGACGACGGGGACGAAUCGCCGUCGGCAUGGCACCCGAUUUCGAAAGCCCCGGUAUCCGUACCGGGGGUGUCAGAGCUCAAGGUCAAAAUAGUACCCUUGGGCUGGUGGGUGGGGGAUUGGGGCGAGUAUCACGAGCCGCACGCAGAGGAUACGGAGAAUCCCGAGGACAUUGACGAGAGCGGAACGUUGAUAUACUGCUACUGUUGCCAAGAGAGCCGGCCUAGCAAGGUUUACGAGGACUUGGUGGUCAAGGCGGGCAGCUCGACGACGACGGGCUUUGUGACGAUUCAUGAUUACGUGACGGCGGUGCAUCCCUGGCUGAUGGGGUUGCGGGACGAUCUUCGAGGGGCAUUGAGUGUGUUCGAUGGCCAAGUGUUACCGAAGGACACGAAAAGAAGAGAGGAAAUGGAGAGGAAGUCGUAG